UCAACGCGGUUGCUAUGGUGUAGAUAUUAUAUAGUAUUACGUCAAAAAUCUAUUGUAGUAAAAUAUUACUAAAAUUAUUAAUACGUCGUUGUUUUGGAUUCUUACAAAACUCCAUAGUUAAUCAACAUCUAAAUAAGUAUAAUGGCUGGUAUAAAACAAGUUAGAAAUAAAACUCUUGUUCCUGAUUUAAGGAAAGAGGGUGAACUUACCAAAGAUAUUUUGCUCUCAACCCAAAAUAAACACGUUGGAUCAGCAGGCUCCAGACUUUUUUCGCAUCAUACACUUGCUAGUGUUAGGCGAUUAAGUUUUUAUCAUCCUUUCUUUUUACCAAAAGAUAGUUUGGAUUUCGUAUUGGCCACAACCUACAAUCAUUCUACAGAGAGGUUUCCAGAUAAAGAGGAUUUGUACUUACAACCUGAAACUAUUGGCUGUGACACUUGGCGGCGACUGCGGAAUACUUUCGAUAAACUUCCACCAGUCAUAAUACCCUUGGGACACCCAAUGAAACGGGGUGGCAUAAAAGAACGUCGAUCUCCAUUUAGUGUCAAGCUCAUGAAUUCAGGAGUACAUUCAUCUCAGACUAACCCUGGUUACAGCCGGCAACCGGCGGGUGGUGCCAUAUUCUUUUAUUAGGCUUUACCUAUUCUUCAAAAUCGCUAGUAUUUAUUUUUCAUAUUAAAAUGUAAAACAAACAAAAAUUCCGUAGUACUCGGGCUUCGAUGGUUACAUAACAACGUAAAAGUUUACAACAAAAAGAUUACUUGUGGCAUUUUGCACUGACUUUGGGUUUCAAAAUAGCUGUAACAAGCACUAUAAUCAGUCAGAUGAAUAGAUGAUAAUACUUGUCACGCAUACUAUGAAGUAUGAACCUAGAAUAGUGUCAUAAAUUAAUCAUAAAGUUCUAUUUCAUUGCGCGAAGCUAAGUGCAGUUUCGGUAGCAUAAGACCUACACGAGUAGUUUAUUACAAACUAAUCCACUGAAAGGAAUAAAGAACAAAAUUUUUCACCAUUGCGGUAAUUUGGGCGUUCCGUAGGUACCUACUUAUCAUGGAGCGUCAUUAUGGGUCUACAUUUUGGAUUCCUACAAUGACGAAAUAUAAAUCGUGUAGGUAGAUAUAAUAAAGGAAUGUAAAAAUAAUGUCCAUUAUUUCCAUAUCGGUGACUAUUCGUUAAUGUUAUUAAAACAUAAAUAGUAUAGUAUAGCUUUUCGUAACAGUAUUGCCAUUUCAAAAUCGAUAGUCGUUGGGAUUAAUAAUAUAACCUGUGGUACUGAUCUUCGGCGCGCGGCAAUUUUAAAAAUGGAGCAACUAAAGAUUUAAAUUGUUUUACUUUUAGGUUGUAGAGUGUUGUUGUUAGUGAGCAAAGUAAUAUUGUUAGUGAGUCUUUUAAUCCAUGUACGUAAUUAAAAUAAGUAUCGUGUCUUUAUUGGACUACUCGUAAAUAUUAAAUAGAUAUUUAUUGUUCCUUUUCUACUAAUUAUUGUGAUUAUAUUAUUAGAUCAUAGUGUUUUUUAUAAAUGCAAAUAAGGGCCAUUAGUUUGCACGAGCACGCAUUUUCAUUUAGUUUAUUUAGGUCUACAAUGUGGAUUUGUGUUUGUCUUCGUUUUUUUUUAUUGUAAAUACUCGUGUGGUAUAUUACUAAAUACAUUUUGCUGUUGUUUACUGUCUCGUGUUUUUAUCAUUAACUUUAUAAUAACAAUCAUAACUUGUUAUAAAGAGCUGUCUACUUAGGUAAGUACCGUCCUACUUUGUUCUUUCAUUACCUAUUUGAUUAAUUGAUAGUAAACUUAAAUGUUAAAUCUUCAUUAAGAAUGGGGAAUAAAACAAAGUCCUCGAAUUUACUCCCACCACGACAAAUUCUCGCUAUGGAUCGUGCCGAGUAGGCGAGUAUAGAUACGUGGACGUAUUAUGCAAUACAGAAUCAACCCACACAAUAACAGUUUUG